UUAGCAAACUCGUGAUGUCAGGAGUCUUCUCAACUAAGUAGCUAUGGGGAUGACCAUAUUGCCUUCCAAAGCUGAAAAUAUAACUGAAAGUAUCUCUACUUUGUCAGCUAGCUUUAUAGCAACUUUUUAAUCGACAGACAUGGAACUGGCAACACGGACGGUGAUUUUGACAGCCAGCAUGGAUUAUUAAACUUGCUAUUGGGAGCUGGAGAUGCCAGCGGUCCAGCUCCUUUCCGAAGUCCGAGUUGAGAUUCGCCCUUAGGCUAGAUAGGCUAACGGUAGCUAUGUUUCCUUAGCUAGCGAACGGAUGGUAUUUUGCGAUCAUCUGUUUGCUUACCCCAUCUACCAAGCUUUGUAGACAUGACGCGACUUGUGUUAGAGCAGGUGACUGACUUCGGGGACUUUACAAGAGGAACGGAUUUAACUGAGUUCCUAAAACCAACUAAAUCUAAUGGCUGUUGGAAUAACAGUCUGUCAGAUGUUCGUGUCAGCCCUGACGGACGUCACAUUCACAUCAUCCUCCGGAGUCCUAAAGUCGGUCUCAUGACUUACGACAAGUAUCAAAGACCUCAGCUGAUCCAGAGCCAAAAGCAUUUGGAUUUAGGCCUUACACGGACUUCGCCGAUUGUGGAUGUUGUGUAUUUGGACUACAGCAGAAAGAGAGACGGGGGAGUUGCUGUUGUAGCAGUGGUCUUCGAGAAUGGAAAAGCGGAAUUCUGGAAAUUCCUGGAGUGCAAAGGGGGCUGGCAUCUCCUGCAGACAUCGGACUUGUGCAACAGCCCCCGGGCUAAAGUGGUGUCAGUCUCCGCCUGCUUUAACUUCAUCGUCUGGUGCGAAGAGAGGCCCCCUUCGGAAAGCUCUUCUACCUUCAAUGCCACAAGGAGCAACUUCAGGUACUGCAUCUGUAAACGUUCUUACGAGGUGGAUGAAGGUGCUGUCAAUUUGGGGGGCGUGAAAAUAUCUCUUCAUAACAACCCGUGUUACCAGUUGGUCAGCACCAUUGACAAUGUCUACCUGCUUCCGAACUGCACGGCGAAAUGCGCCGCUCCCAGCAUGUCAAAAUUUUUCCUGUCGUGGUUCCCACAACAUGACACGUUUAGGGUUAGCACCACGUGCAAAGGAACACUUCUGAGAAAAGACUGUCCUUUACCAAAAGAAUCAGACUUCAAGAGAUUGAUAACGGACUGUGUCGGCUAUUUAUCGUCUCUCAACCCGCCCGAGAUCUAUGGCUUCUCUCCUACCGGUUGUGGGGGCUUGUUGCUGUUGCUCAGCACUGGCAGGGUUUGCCUGCUCCAGAGAGAUGGAGUUAUGAGGGAAGUCUAUAAACUAGCAGACAACUGCCUGGCCAGCAGUGACACCCACAACAGCCUAAACCUCUACCAGGACACCCUGGCUCUCACGGUAGGCAGGACCCUGUAUUUGAUUGACACAAAGUGUGGCAGGGAGUUGGAGAAGAUCGCACUGAGGAGGGAAGGGCUACUCUACAUCAACCAGGGAGACAAGCAAGCCCCUCACUUCCUAUCGGAGACUGGCCUGUUCGUAGUGAUGCUCCGAGAGUUGGACCCCCCAAGGGGUCCCAACGCAGACGCUAGGCAGAGGCCCUCGUCCCUGGGUGCGGAGGAGAGCAUCCACCCCGGGGCUCUCCUGGUGGAGGCCGUGUUUGAGGAGGCCUGUAGGUACUACCAGCAGAGGAGUCUGGGGAGCACCCAGCUGACUGUAGAGAAGCUGAAGAAAGGAGGCAUGUUUCAGGCCCCCAUCUCCCUGGCCUCCAUCCUCAGGGACUACCUCCAUGGAGGGGCUGGAAGUGGGGGCCAGGAGGCAGCAGAGGCACCCUGGGGGACUGGAGGGGGAGGCGGAGGAGGGCAGGACAAGCUGCGUGUCUCCCUGGACGCAGAGCUCAAGGCUCUGGUUUCCCUGGAGGAGGUGAAGAGGAGCGUGGUAAGGGGCAGCGAGGAGGAGGUGGAGGUGCUGUUGGAGAGCCUGGUGCAGCAGGAGGUGGGGAGACUGCUCUCCUCCCCGGAGCUGGACAGGGACGCUCUCCUCUACCUCAACUCCAUCUUCAGCCUGUUCCCACGCCAGGCGUGGAAGGCCACGCAGUCCUCCCUGCAGCUACGCUGCAACGGAGAGGGCUCUCUGUCCUGUAGGGCGCCCCCGGAGGUCUGGAAAACCUUGCUAACCCCCCUCCAGAACCCCAGCACACCUGCCAACCUGCCCUGUGCCAAUGGCCAGCCCAAACACAUGCCAGGUCUUAAACCCAACCUCUCUCACUCUAACCUUAAACUGAGCCCCAGCCCUAACCCUCCCACAGCCAACCUCACCCUGGCCGUGUUCGAGCUCCUGUGCCGGUCAGUCUUCCUCUUCCAGCCCAGCUGGCUCCCCAGGUUCCUGGAGUUGGCCCAGCAGCAGCAGGGCUCUGCCGGGCUGGGCCUGGGCCUGGCCUCCUCCUCCUGGAGCUACUCCGGAGCUGGGAGAGGGGCAGAGAGCGGGGAGAGCGUGCCUCUCUACAAACGGGCCCUGUCGGUGCUUCCCGGCUCUGAGAAGGACCAGGACCUGGAGGUGGACCUGCUCCUGGUCAGCGGGCGUCCCAACGCCGUCCUCCAGGCCCUGCGGAUCCUGAUGGGCCGGCGCCAGUGGGAGCGCGUCACCCAGGUGGCUCAGAGGUUCUGCCGGCAGAGCCCACUGCUCAACAAGGAGAUCUUCCGUAUCCUGCUGUGUGAGGUGGCCCAGCACCGAGACCUGGACCCCUACCUGGACCUGCUCUGGGCCCUGUGUCCUGAGGACCUCACGGUCACCUCCAUCCUCAACAUGGUCCUGAAGAACAUCCCUUCUUCCUCCUCCUCUACCUCCACCCCUUUCUCCUCCUCCUCCACCACCCCUCCCCCCCUCUCCUCCCCCCCGCCCGCCCCCGCCCGGAGCAGCCAGGUAACCGUGGGACUGUUGAAGCCCCUGCUCUCCAGGGUUCUCCAGAGAGAGACCAAGCCCAGUCAGAGGUACGCGGACAUCCUCCAGUCCCCCAGCUUCCCCCCGCCCACGCCCCCCCGCCAGGAGAAGGGGCCCCCCAGGGCCACUACGAUGCCUGCUCUGCUGGACCAGCCGCAGCCUCAGGAACCUCACGAUGAUCUGUACAGCAACAUGCCUGCCGCCCUGCUGGACCUGCCGUCAGACCCCCCCCCACACAGGACCAUGGUGAGGGGGAGGAUGACGUCACCGCCUAACCCUGUCUAGCACACACACACGCGCACACAGACAUAAUAUACACACAUAAUGAGCUCACAGAUAGACCUACAUCAUCUACACACAGAAACACACUCAUAAUAGCAGAGUGAUAAUGUGUCCAGAAUGCAGAAACGGUAGUUCCAUGUGACCCUGGGCAUUGCUUGCUAGAGACAGUAGGACUGGAAAACACUGUGAUUGAUGUGAAGUGCUAAAGCUAUUAACAACCAAAGCACAAAGAGAAAAUAAUGUACAUUUGUUGUUCUUUAUCGAGAGGAGUUGGGAUUUGUAACAUAGUAAAAAUUGUAAUAACAGAGCUACAAUAAUAUAAUCUGCAUUAACGCAAGCUUUUGAACAUGCUUAUUAAUUAGUCUUGUGUAAGCAUACCUUACCAGAAAACUCAGUGAAAACAGAAGACUCCUGUUCAUGGCUGUAGAGUGACUACUGAAGUUUGUAUCAUUGUACAUACCAUACAGCAGUCCACAGUCAUUUUAUAUUGGACCUCCUAUUGUGUAAACAUGGGAGGGUAUUUAAGUAUUAGUCUAUGGCCAGGAAUUACAUAGAAUCUAGGUUGAGUGUGUUUCUGUCAAAGAUAAUCUAAAGGAUUGACAGACAGUGAGGAUAAUAUAUGUAACAAUUAUUGUGCAUGGGCUAAAUCUAGCUAUCUAUUGGUAGCAACAUAAUAACCUUCAUCCUAUACAGGUUCUUCAUGCGGUGUAUUAUGUGUUCUGUUGGCCUGCUCUGAACCUGGAGUGGUUCCUCUUGGGAGGUUCUUCUCUGCUGUAAGAGGAAGUUUGCCAAGGCCUGCUGUAAAAGGAUGAAGUGGCCUUUUCAUGUGUCUGUUCCUGUAAGCAGCAUUUCAAAGGUAGCCAGCUAACUGGGUUGCCUGGACUACUUGGUAAAGAAUAGCUCUAAUUAUCUGUCUGCUACCUUGCAAACCUUUAGGUAUCUUCAAAGUCUUCUGGGAAGUUAGCUGGCUAACCCUAACCCUUUGUUUUGAAGGCAGUAGAGGCCUAUUUGAACCCUUUGUUUGUUGGAUGGGUUAAAUAUUUACUCCUAUUGAGGCCAAUUCUGUUUUUUGUGUUCCUCAUAAAAGCCAUUCAGUCAUCAAGUUCAAAUAUUAACCCCCCUCCCUCCCAACUACCCUGGUCCCUAUGGACACUGCCUUAGUUAUAUUACCAUGCAGAGACUCAUGUUUAGCAGUGGUGCUUGGGGAAGAAGUGUGUGUGUGUGUGUGUGUGUGUGUGUGUGUGUAAGUUGUUGUUAAAUGUAAAAAAAGUGUCCAAGUGUGAAACCAGUUAAUCAUUAGUUUUUUGGUUGUGGAGGAAUGUCUGCAGUCCCAAACUCAACAGUGUAUACCUUUACAUUUUCUUCUUUUCUGCCUCCUGCCCUCCUAUUCUCACCACCCCUCUAUCUCAAGCUCUCAUAUCUCCAUCUACUUUUUGUAUCCCUCAUUCCAUCUCUUCCUUUCUUGCUCUUCCUAUAUGUAGCCUAUCAUCCAUUUCUCCUCAGUCCCACCCAGGACAUUCCUACCAAACUCCCUAGCGAAGGUGACUCACAGUCCUUCUCCAAAUUGAAUUGAGGGCUAAUUCUGUUAGAUCCUAAUAGGGAGGGGGAGGGGUGGGGUAGGCAGACUGGCCUUAACCAAUCCACGAUGCUUGCACACGGACUCCUCCACACACACACACUUAAACACACACAUCCAGCAGGUCAGUCUCCCUGCAUGAUCCUGGUGAAGGUAAUGACAUUAGAGAUAUGAGCCUCUCUGUGGCCCUCUUCUCUCCAUGCCCCCGUGCUCCAUGUCCUAAUCCCAGAGAGAAACCACCAAAUACAGAUCAACCUGGAUAUUUAAGUGUCACCACGUCCUCUCAUGAUCGGAACGAUGACUUUGAGCUUUGAUAGAGAUGUCUCUGUAUUAUUUUGAGGUGCAUCGGUUGAAAGGCUUCUGCUUUUGUUUGUGAACGUUUCGAUGAUGGUUUUAUUUCUCUCUCCCUUUCCGUAGCCUACACUGCAAUUUAGAAUCGUAUUAAUGCCUCGUGUUUUGUACUAUAGAAAACCGUUCAUCUAAUUUAUUCCCUCUCACAUUUCAGAUUGAGAUGGUAUUUCAGGAAGGUCUGUGUAAUGAGGCCUGGUACUGUCACAUAGAGGCCUAAAAUGUCACACAACAGCUUGUCAUUCACAGACAGGCGUGACUUUACUGAAGUUGGCAGGCUGUCUUUGUGUGUUGAAAGACGGCUUGGGGUGUGUGUUUGUGGGACACAAUGUCGGCUCUGAAACAGCUGAAUGAAAACGUUUGAUAUGUCGGUGUCAUCUAUGUCCAAUAUCGCAGUGCCUGCUCACUUGUCCUUAAAUACAAACUACUCGCUGUGGUGAAUGUGUUCUUAAGAGAAGGCUAAACUAUGUCCUUCCAUGUUCAGUCAUAUAUAUCUUCUUUUGAAGAUCCUUUGCCUGGUUUGACAGUGUUGCUGCAGCAUGGGGUAUCACAUUUUGGGAUAUUUGGGAUGACUUACAGCAUAUUAUAUAAAUACAGCAUAUUAUGUAUUAAUAAAAAUCAAAGUUAAACCUCACUAUGGUCCCAGAAUCU